GGGAUGGAGGGCUGCUGCCGCUCCUGCAUGCCGUGCCUGGACCGGCUCUGGAACUGGAUCUGGCCCGAGUUCCGCUACCCGAACGUCCCGAACCACAACGGAGGCGAAGUGAUCGCGAACCCGGCGACGCAGGCGGCGGAGAUCCGCACCGUGUCCGGGGACGUGCGCGUCCCGUCGCCCAAGAAGCGUCCGGUGCAGCUGUACGCGGCGCUCUUCGACUUCGAGGCCCGCAGCGACGACGAGCUGACGGUGAAGGAGGGCGACAAGCUGUCGGUGAUCGAGAAGCGGGGCGACUACGUGCUGGCCAAGAAGCUCACCGGGUCCCUGCAGUCCGGGCUCAUCCCCGCCAACUACGUGGCGCUGCUGCAGGACGAGUUCGCCAAACACAAGUGGUAUUAUGGGAACAUAAACCGUGUGAAAGCCGAGAAGCUGCUGCUGGCUUCCCAAAACAAAGAUGGCUCCUUCCUGGUUCGCAUCAGUGAGAGUCACAGCGACGAGUACACCAUCUCUGCUCGCAGCGAGGGGAAGGUCUACCACUUCAGGAUCCAGCGUUCGGCCAUCGGGGCGUACUUCGUGUCCGAUAAGAUCUCCUUCGCCACGCUGGGAGAACUGAUCUCUUAUUACCAGAAGAACCCUCGGAGCCUCGGAGUUCCUCUGGAGGAGCCCUGCGCCCAGCAGAGGGAGCUGUUCGACAUGGAGCCGUGGGAGAGGCCCAGAGAGGAGUUCAAGCUGACCAGGAAGCUGGGAGAAGGACACUUUGGACAGGUGUGGGAGGCUCUGUGGAGCUCUGAGAACAAGAAGGUGGCCAUCAAGAUGCUGAAGCAAGAGGACACGAAGCAGGACGAGUUUGUGAAGGAGGUCCAGGCCCUGAAGAGCCUCCACCACCCCAAACUCAUCCAGCUGCUGGCCAUGUGCUCCAGAGGAGAACCCGUCUACAUCAUCACCGAGCUCAUGAGCAAAGGAAGCCUCAAGUCCUACCUCACCUCCGCUGAGGGCCAGGUGCUGACGUCGGCUCACCUCAUUUACAUGGGCAGCCAGGUGGCGGAGGGCAUGGCCUACCUGGAGGACCGGAACAUCGUCCACAGAGACCUGGCAGCCAGAAACAUCCUGGUGGGAGACGACCUGGUCUGUAAGGUGGCCGACUUCGGUCUGGCUCGGAUCAUCAAGGACAGCGUCUACACGGCCAGUCGCAGCACGAAGAUCCCGGUGCGAUGGACGGCUCCAGAGGCAGCCAUCUAUCAGAGGUUCUCAGUGAAGUCAGACGUUUGGUCGUUCGGCGUGCUGCUGUACGAGAUGAUGUCACGAGGAAAGAUGCCUUACGAAGGUAAAAGCAAUAAGGAGGUGCUGGACCUGCUGUCGUCGGGCUUUCGGCUGCCGUGUCCGACUCGAUGUCCUCAGAACAUUUACCGCAUCAUGAUGGACUGCUGGGCCGCCGAGCCCUCCAAGAGACCAUCCUUCCACGCCCUGCACAGCCAGCUGGACUCCAUCUACGCCCGGAUCUAUUUCAAAACCAUCGAGGUGUAGAAUCGGGAGGGUUUAAGACUCCAAGAACAUGAAGGAAAGAACCGGCGAUGACGACACAACAGGGUACUUUAAAAAAACACCGAGAUGUGAAGAGACAGACGGUGGAGAAGUGAAAUGAAAGGAGGAGAAAG